AUGUCCUCGCAGUUGUUCCCAAAUGGCGGAUGGGAUGUCCACCACCACAUCUUUGAGCCUGAAAGAUUCCCCUAUGACCCCAACCGCCAUCUCACUCCGCCCCCAGCCUCGACUAAGAAAUACAAUGACUUCAAGAAAAGCCUAGGAUUGUCGCACUCAGUCUUGACACACGGUCUCUCCUACGGAGCAGACAGCAGGUGUCUCAACGCAUUCACAUCCGACCUUGGUCGAAAUGUCACAAGGGGAAUCGCAGUAAUCGACCCCGAGACCACAAUACCAGCCGAGCUGCAAAAAAUGCAUAACAAUGGCAUCCGUGGCAUUAGAGUGAACAUCUACAGAUACGGAGCAAUGCACGAUCUGGAGCUGCAAAAGGCUACACUUUCAGCUCACGCCAGGGCUCUGAGUGGUCACUUUACCGGAUGGAGUAUGGCCUUCACACAUACACAUCCGGAAUUUUGGGCAGAGUUGAAGCCCGUCAUUGAGCGAGACGUUGUUUCACGAGGAAUUCGGCUGGUCACUGAUCACUUUGCACUACUGAAAGGGGCUAGUAUGUUGCCAGAGGAAUGUGAAGGUGAUCUCACUCGGCAGCAAGGAUUCCAGGCAGUCUUGGGUCUUGUACGCGCUGGUCAUCUUUUCGUGAAGAUCAGUGGACCUUACCGAGUGAGCACCCAGGCUCCUGACUUUGAGGAUCUGAGACCCCUUGUGAGAGUGCUCUUUGAUGCGAAUCCGCAGCAGCUUCUCUGGGGUAGUGAUUGGUAA